GCAGUGGGCUGCGGGGGGUCGCGGCUCCUUAGCGUUCGCGGGGGGUCUUGAAGAUGGGGGCACCGGCUCAACGUGGACGGGCUGCUGGUCUACUUCCCGUACGACUACAUCUACCCCGAGCAGUUCUCCUACAUGCGGGAGCUCAAACGCACGCUGGACGCCAAGGGCCAUGGAGUGCUGGAGAUGCCCUCAGGCACUGGGAAGACAGUGUCCCUGUUGGCCCUGAUCAUGGCAUACCAGCGGGCGUAUCCGCUGGAGGUGACCAAACUCAUCUACUGCUCAAGAACUGUGCCAGAGAUUGAGAAGGUGAUCGAAGAGCUUCGAAAGUUGCUGAACUUUUAUGAGAAGCAGGAGGGCGAGAAGCUGCCGUUUUUGGGGCUGGCUCUGAGCUCCCGCAAAAACUUGUGUAUUCACCCUGAGGUGACACCCCUGCGCUUUGGGAAGGACGUUGAUGGGAAAUGCCACAGCCUCACAGCCUCCUAUGUGCGGGCGCAGUACCAGCAUGACACCAGCCUGCCCCACUGCCGCUUCUAUGAGGAAUUUGACACCCAUGGGCGUGAGGUGCCCCUCCCUCCUGGCAUCUACAACCUGGAUGACCUGAAGGCGCUGGGGCGACACCACGGCUGGUGCCCGUACUUCCUUGCCCGAUAUUCAAUCCUGCAUGCUAACGUGGUGGUUUAUAGCUACCACUACCUCCUGGACCCCAAGAUUGCAGACCUGGUGUCCAAGGAACUGGCCCGCAAGGCCGUCGUGGUCUUCGAUGAGGCCCACAACAUUGACAAUGUCUGCAUCGACUCCAUGAGCGUCAACCUCACCCGCCGGACCCUUGACCGAUGCCAGGGCAACCUGGAGACUCUGCAGAAGACGGUGCUCAGGAUCAAAGAGACAGAUGAGCAGCGCCUGCGGGAUGAGUACCGGCGCCUGGUGGAGGGGCUGCGGGAGGCCAGCGCCGCCCGGGAGACGGACGCCCACCUGGCCAACCCUGUGCUGCCCGAUGAGGUGCUGCAGGAGGCGGUGCCAGGCUCCAUCCGCACAGCUGAGCACUUCCUGGGCUUCCUGCGGCGGCUGCUGGAGUACGUGAAGUGGCGGCUGCGCGUGCAGCACGUGGUGCAGGAGAGCCCACCAGCCUUUCUGAGCGGCCUGGCCCAGCGCGUGUGCAUCCAGCGCAAGCCCCUCAGAUUCUGUGCUGAACGCCUCCGCUCCCUGCUGCACACGCUGGAGAUCACCGACCUGGCCGACUUCUCCCCGCUCACCCUCCUUGCCAACUUUGCCACCCUCGUCAGCACCUACGCCAAGGGAUUCACCAUCAUCAUCGAGCCCUUUGACGACAGAACCCCGACCAUUGCCAACCCCAUCCUGCACUUCAGCUGCAUGGACGCCUCGCUGGCCAUCAAACCCGUGUUCGAGCGCUUCCAGUCUGUCAUCAUCACGUCUGGGACGCUGUCCCCGUUGGACAUCUACCCCAAGAUCCUGGAUUUCCACCCUGUCACCAUGGCAACCUUCACCAUGACGCUGGCCCGGGUCUGCCUCUGCCCUAUGAUCAUCGGCCGAGGCAAUGACCAGGUGGCCAUCAGCUCCAAGUUUGAGACCCGGGAGGAUAUCGCUGUGAUCCGGAACUAUGGGAACCUCCUGCUGGAGAUGUCCGCUGUGGUCCCUGAUGGCAUCGUGGCCUUCUUCACCAGCUACCAGUACAUGGAGAGCACCGUGGCCUCCUGGUAUGAGCAGGGGAUUCUUGAGAACAUCCAAAGGAAUAAGCUGCUCUUUAUCGAGACCCAGGAUGGUGCCGAGACCAGCGUCGCCCUGGAGAAGUACCAGGAGGCUUGCGAGAACGGCCGAGGAGCCAUCCUGCUGUCAGUGGCCCGGGGCAAAGUGUCCGAAGGAAUCGACUUCGUACACCACUACGGGCGGGCCGUCAUCAUGUUUGGUGUCCCCUACGUCUACACGCAGAGCCGCAUUCUCAAGGCACGGCUGGAAUACCUGCGGGACCAGUUCCAGAUCCGUGAGAAUGACUUUCUCACCUUUGAUGCCAUGCGCCACGCGGCGCAGUGCGUGGGACGAGCCAUCAGGGGCAAGACGGACUACGGCCUCAUGGUCUUUGCCGACAAGCGGUUUGCCCGUGCAGACAAGCGGGGGAAGCUGCCCCGCUGGAUCCAGGAGCACCUCACAGAUGCCAACCUCAACCUGACUGUGGACGAGGGUGUCCAGGUGGCCAAGUACUUCCUACGGCAGAUGGCACAACCCUUCCACCGGGAGGAUCAGCUGGGCCUGUCUCUGCUCAGCCUGGAGCAGCUGCAGUCACAGGAGACACUGCAGAGGAUAGAGCAGAUUGCUCAGCAGCUGUGAGCAGGGCAAGGCCGUCAACUGUUCCUGGUGA